UAUAAAAACUGUUGGAUUAAAUAGUUUACAUAAAUUAGUGAAAACUUGAGAUAUGAGUGAAUCAGAGGAGAAAAAGAAGGAUUCAAAUGAUGUCAAUGAGAGACCCGGAUAUACCUAUUCGGCUUCAUUUGACAAACAGUCCGAUCAAACGGUUCGCGUGAGACUUGAAAUCGAUGGCAAAACACAAGUAGUUCCCAUUUGUGCCAUUUGUCACAAAGUCGAUAGAAUCUGCUCUUUGGAUCCUAACUUCACUGAAGAACAAAUACGAAGAGCUAAAUAUUUAGGUUUAGAAGACGACAGUAAAGACAAAAACCGAGAAUCAGCGACAAAGUCAGACACUGGAGAACAACAGUCUGACUCUAAGGACAAAACUUCAGCUGACAAGGGAUCAGAAGGCAAAGAUGCAAAAGAUGGCAAAGAUAACAAAGAUGGCAAAGAUGGUAAAGACGGUAAAGACGGUAAAGACGGUAAAGAUGGCAAAGAUGGCAAAGAAGACAAAGAUGGCAAAGACGGCGGAGGUUCUGGAAAGUCAUCGAAAAGUGAUGACAACAAGAAAAAGAAGAAAUCAGAUUCGGGAAGAGAUCAGCGACGCAAAGAAUUGCCACCAACUUCUUGGACGACACACAAACCAAAUGAAGACGAUUGGGAUAAGAAAAGAAGGAAAGACUAUUAGCCAUUGACUGAUAACUCAUUGCUUUUCAUGUUUUAUCGCAACACUUAAUGAACAAAAUUAUCGAUUUAUUCAAAUGCUAUCAUUUCUAUGUAUUUCAUA